AUGUCAAAAACAAUAAAAGUUACAUUUGUUAUAAAUAAUGGGGAAGAGAAAAUAAUAGAGGCACCACUAGGGCUUUCUAUUUUAGAAGUUGCUCAUAGUAAUAGCAUAGAUCUUGAGGGUGCUUGUGAAGGAUCUCUUGCCUGUGCUACUUGUCAUGUUAUUUUAGAGGAAGAAUUUUACAACAAAUUAGAAAAACCUAAGGAAGAAGAAGAAGAUAUGCUUGACUUAGCCUUUGGUCUUACGGAUACUUCUAGAUUAGGGUGUCCGAUUAUUUUAACUGAAAAAUUAGACGGUAUAAAAGUACGUCUCCCUUCUGCUACUCGUAACAUAAAAUGA